AUGGCAGAGACAGCGCUAGAUUGGGCUCCUCCGCUCUCACAAGCUCCUGCUGCGAGCGACGCUACUCCCGCCCCAUCCGCUCGUCCCCUCCUCGACACCCCCGCUGGCGAACUCGCCCUCUUCCGGUCCCUCAUCACCCACCGCCUCGUCGGGCCCAACAAGCACUUCGACAUGGUCGCCGUGCUGUUGUCUCUCCAGCGGGCGCUUGCGAGCGAGGAAGGAGGCGAGGAAGCGGCGCGGGGGCUCAAGAGCGAGGAUGUGUGGAGCAAAUGGCGCGAAUUGUACGAUCAGGAGACGCUCGAGAGCGUGUGGGAGGAACAGCAAGAACAACUCCUCCCGACUCCUUCAGCCUCCCCUGCACCAGACACCGCUGCGCUAACCACCGAAGCCGCGCAGCCCUCUCCAACGCCUUCCCAGUCCCUCUCAGACCGCGUAGCGACCCUGCACUUCCCCCGCCGUCCCUUCGACCUCUCGCCCGAACCCUCCAUUCAGAUCGCAGCUUUCCAGCGCGGCCUCGUUCCGAAAGGGUCGAAGCAUGAGUCACCUGUUCCAGACGAUGCGCCGCUGCGCGAAGUCUCGGUACCGUUGCCUGACGGCGAGACGAGCGGGCGAGGGAAGCGGAAGAAGCGGGCUGCGGCCGGCGGAUCGCCGCGCAAGAAGCAGAAGGUCGAUAAGAAGCCGUCUGGAGGCGAGGAAGAGGAUAGCGAGUUGUCGGAACUCUCGGAGGAUGCGGAUGAGGAUGCGGAUGAGUCGGCUGAGGAAGGCGGCGAUGGCGAGGAGGAGGCGGAGGAGGACGUCGAGGAAGAUGACGGCACAAGUGUGACGGGUACGGCUGCGACAGUCGACGACGACAGCGCGAGCACGGCGACUGAAGCGGAUGCGAAACGGAAACCGGCCGAUAAAGCUGCCGCCAUCCGCUCUCUGCCGUCCUCCAACCGCCGCUCACGCGCAUCAAACGCGAGAGAGCGGCAAGACUCGACGCCGGCUUCGAGCGAUGCGGGCAUCUCGACGCCAGCGAAGAAGGGCACGCGGAGCACGGCGAAGACGGUGAAGAAGGAGGAAGCGGCGCCGGCGAGCGCGCCGAGAUCGUCCCGACGGAGGCGGUAG